CUUGGUCUUCUUUUUGUAUCUCCUAUAUAUACCUCAAUUUCGUUAACACACUUCACCUGGUUCCACAUCAUCUUCUUUAUAAUAUCUACUCUCCCCAUAUUUAACAUUUUUCUACACACACGCAACCACAUCUAUGUGUAUGUACAUGUGAACUAUUACUAUCAAAACAUCGUUAUCAAUGAACCUACCACCGGGAUUCAGGUUUUCUCCAACGGAUGAAGAGCUCGUCGUCCACUUCCUCCACCGCAAAGCUUCACUCUUGCCUUGUCAUCCUGACGUCAUUCCCGACCUCGAUCUUUACUCAUACGACCCUUGGGACCUUCCCGGGAAAGCAUUACAAGAAGGGAGGCAAUGGUACUUCUAUAGUAGAAAGACACAAGAAAGAGUGACAAGCAAUGGGUAUUGGGGAUCACUAGGAAUAGACGAGCCAAUCUUCACAAGCUUUACACACAAGAAAGUGGGCAUCAAAAAGUAUCUAACUUUCUAUCACGUAGAUUCUCAGACUAACUGGGUCAUGCAAGAAUAUUCCCUCCCAGAUUCCUCUAGUCGAUCUUCUAAGAGAUCAAACCGUGGUUCUACACAUAAACCCGAUUAUAGCAAGUGGGUGAUAUGUAGAGUGUAUGAACAAAACUGCAGCGAAGAAGAGGAUGAUGAUGGGCCAGAACUCUCAUGUUUGGAUGAAGUGUUCUUGUCUUUAGAUGAUCUCGACGAAGUAAGCGUACCGUAAUAAAGACAGAACAACCCAAAAAGAAAAGAUUUAGUGGGAAAAUAUUUUAAACAUAUCAAAAAAGGAUACGGAUAAUGACAUCAUUCUUACAAGUUGUAUGUGGUAAUAUUAAUCAUCUCCAAUUUGCAAGCAAACAGACGC